GAGGGCGGACCUGCUCCAAGUCUGUAAGUCGACUUGGUCACUCAACGUACUGGAGGCUGCCAUGGUCUUCGCGCGCCGCGAGGUGAAAGCGGCCUCAAGUGGGCUAACUAAACGUCUUUGCAGAUGUCAAACUCAUGUCCCGCUUCAGGUGCUCGAUCGAUGGAAAUCCUGACCCAAACGGACCAUAUUUCAAGACUUAUAUGCCCUUUUGCUUCCAGAGCCCGCUGCUCGUCAACAUCGCAAUCUACUCGGCGGCUAGCUACCUGCAUGAGACGAAUUACCUUGACAAGACAAUGACAAUCGCCAUCAAGGGUCAUGCCAUCCGCAUGUUGAACGAUCUACUGCGCUCAGAGCAUGGAAGCACCGGAGACGAGGUCAUAGCCGGGAUUGCGCAUCUGAUCGCGGAUGAAUGGUAUUGGGGCGCUCUGCAUGAUCUCAGAGCACACCUGCGUGGCAUGCGCGAACUCAUUCGGAUCCGGGGAGGCUUCAACACACUAGGACUGGGGGGCCUAUUGAGCAAGAUGGUGAUUCUCUUGGAUUACUCUAUCGCCAUCGCCUUUGAAGGACCUCCUUAUCUCCAGCAUAGCCGCGAACCCGCAUUCUCAGAUCCAACCCCAGGUCCUUUCCGCAUCUCUCACAACACCCCACUAGUUGCGUCCAUGGUGACGUUUUCAGACUGCACAUCUGGGUUGAAGCUACAUCCAGCAAGUGCCUCUAUCCUCGAUGAUAUCCGGUUUCUGAUCGCCACCGUGACGAGUCUGCCCGCACACUCCUCGCAGGCAGAGCUCAGCAAGGUUGCCACGACGUCCCGCUGGAUUCUAAACAGGAUCUCCAAGUUGCCGGCACACUCUCCAGAGUCUCCGGGUCCUCACGAGCCGUCUCAGAACCAUGUCAACAGAACACUGAUGGUGACAGGUCAAGCAACUCCUAUCGACUCGCCAUCAAGCAUGAGUGAGGACACGACCGACCCCGUCUACCAAGCAAUCCGGCAAGCAGCGCUGCUCUAUGCCACGGCGAUAGUUGAGCGGCAACCUUUCAGCAAGGUGUGCUCACACGAACAAUUCUACGAGCUCUGGACGACGGUGUGGCGAGUGCCACGGACGCGGUGGAAGUCACUGGCGGGCAUCUUUCUGUGGAUCAUCGUCGUCAUCCUACCUACGGCUGCCACAACACCACACAGCCGGUUUGUCAAGAGUAUGUUGACCACAUCUGGGCUCGAGAUUGGCACCGAGAAUUGGUUUGCCGCUUCCAGUGCGCUGCGGGCCGUCUUGACCUUACAGGCCUGGCUCAGAGGUGGAGAUGGGACCGAUGUCAGCGGGGGAGAUGGUAGCUCGGGGUUCGGGCCGUCAAGCAGCAUGGCGUCGAGUAGUAUGGCCUCGUCGGCGUCCGGCUCAUCGAGACGCAGCAGCGACCACUUAUACGCCGUCCAGAGGGACAGCCACGAGCCCUGAAUGCAUUGUCAGGUUGGAGAGUUGCUACGGCGGAGUGGGAAGUCUCGCCGCUGCAAAUAGCGAAGACGUGGUGUCGAUAUGGAAUUGCCUUUAAAAGUUUUGCCACAUUGAUCCGGCACACGGGAUGACUGUGAAGCAUAGGGCAUGUUUUUUGGUCUGCAAAUUGUUGGGAUUUUCACCGCUCAUACCGACAGACCAUACUGGUGCCGCCAGUUGCGUGGUCGUCCAGCCUUGUAUUGUAAUCAUAAUUCAAAUGUCCUCAUGUUGCACAGCACUUUAUUUCACGACCGUGGGGAGGAUUCGCGUCGAGGAUUUUCCGCAGAAUCAUUGCAAUCAAAGUGAAAACACCAACCAGGAGAGGUAGAGCCGAA